AUGCCUGGCCCUGUGUUUUCUUCACAUCGCAUUGCGGUUCUGGCCGUUGCCGUCUUCUUCGCUUUGGUCUUCAUCUACUCGGCAGCACAUGGCAAGAACCCUGUGCAGCAAAUUAAAGACUCGGCGAGCGGCGCCGCCAGCGGUGCGGCGAGUGUCUUUAAAGGCGAAAAGCCAUCGACAAGCGAUCUGUUUUUGAGCCUCUAUGAAUCGAUACGAACAAACGUCUCUGCGCCGACAUACAAGGACGCUUCUGGGCAAGUGUACAAGAUUAAUGAGAAUGGACCGUGGUGGAAGAAGCCGCUGAGGAAUGAGAUCCUUAUUGUCGACAUCGAUACACGAGUACCGGAUGGUGACAACGAACUGUGGAAUUCAGAGAGAAUGGACUGGCUAAACAUGACUGCCGAGAAGGAAGGCAGUAUGGUGUCCGCCUCGUUCAUGAACCAUUUCCUCUACUCCCGUAUCCACGGCUACGACUAUCGAUUCUUCAACGCAAAGGAAAUGGAAUCGUCCGGCUACCACAACACGUGGGUCAAACCGCACGUCCUCGCGCAGCUGCUCGAAUCCUACCGUUUCGUAGUCUUCAUCGACGCCGACGCGACAAUCCAGCACCUCGAGCUGCCCAUCGAAUGGCUUUUCAACCGCUGGGGGAUUACCCCAUCCACCUCGAUCGCCAUGCCGCUCGACACACGGGAGGUGAUCAACGGCGACGAAAGCGUGUCCAACGACAGCAAAGGCAAGCUGGUGCUGAACACAGGCGUCGUGAUCGCACAAGCGCUUCCCCACACCACCGAGAUGAUGACGGCGUGGAAAGACUGCCCCACCGAGAAACAGUACCCGGGCUGCGGGAUUUGGAAGCAGAAUUGGUCGCAUGAGCAAAGGGCCUUUAGCGAGUACAUUCGCUGGGACUACAAUCCCUCGGGCACCGAGAUUGUCGAGAUCCCCUGCGAUGAUGCCAUGGGAUAUCCUGGGAUCAAUAAGCAUGCGAAAAUCUUGAGUAAAUGCACGGGCAAGUUUCUGAGGCAUCAUACUUUGGAUAAGAGCUUGACCAAGCAGAGCACCGAGGAGGCCAUGUUGCAGGCUAUGACGGACUUGACGCAUAGGAUCCUGCAUGAGAAUCAGGAGAAAUACUGGUUCAAGGAGGGUGAGGAAAAGGGAGAUGAAAAGGAUGAGCGGAUACGAGCCGGGAAGCUGCGACCCGCUAUGUGA